AUGCCAGGGUGCAGCCACGUGCGCCUGGUGCGCGCUGGGCAGGCGUCGGCGCGGCCGUCGGUGCUCUUCGUCAACGGCUUCAACUCGACGUACACGGCGUCGCGCAAGGUAUCGCGGCUCUCGACCUUCGUCACCGAGGAGCUGCACACGACCUUUCUAACCUACGACCACGCCGGUCACGGUCCCGCGCCGGCCACGCCGCUGCGAGACGCCACGCUGACGCAGUGGCGAGAGGACCUGCGCGCCGUCGUUGCGUGCGAGCGCUGUGCGGGUGAGGCGCCGGUCGGGUACUACCCCAUCUACCGACCACUCGUCGACUCGAUUGCCACGCAUGCGCUGCCGCCCAAGGUCGCGUGCCCCGUUGCACUCGUCCAUGGAACACACGACUCGGACGUUGGCGUCGACGCCGUCGGUGACUGGGCAUCGGCGCAAGUUAUGCAAGGCGCGCCCGUCUCGCUGACGUGGGUGCCCGGUGGCGAUCACCGGCUGAGUGCGCCCGCGCACUUGGACGUCAUCGAGCUUCAGCUGCUCACACUCUUUCGUCACGUAGGUUAACACGAUAGCUAUGUAAAAUCGGACAAAACGACGACGAG